CGACUCGCGCUCGACCCGCUGGCCGAUCUUGCUGCCCUUGGGAGGCAUCCUCGAUAUGGUAGUUGAUCCUGGACGCGAGUUGUAGACUUCCAGUAAGAUGAUCGGAUGGUUGUCGAUGUCGGGUCGGGCACGUUCGAGCUCGGCGCAACAAUUCGAUGUCCUUUCACAACGCGUCUGGUUGCACCUUCCUCGCGUUGCUGAUCGGCUCUCCCCACAUUCGGAUUUACUUGGCUACUCUCGGUGGUUACUUUGCGCUAUCUCCGAUACCUUCCUUUUCUAGCGUACCUUCUCUACAAUUCUCUACACCUUCUCCACAGCAUACCUAUGUUGAGGAGAGCAAGGUUGCUCAUAACUGCCAGCCGACUGGUAUCCACGAGUAUAGGCUCGAGAUCACCAUGCUUAGAGAGAUGUCAAUUUAUCUUUGGCUCCAUAAGGUCCUUCUUCGAUGGCUUAGACUCUUCAUUGUUCCUUCCUCAAGUCGAGUCUCAACACACGGUCCGACCCAUUUGAGACAGAUCAUCGCUCCUGCAAGAUGAGGGUCUACUUGCCUACGCGAUGUCAUUCUCUUGCUGACUGAUGUGUCGACGGCAUUUGCUCUUCGACAGUUCAAUACACCUUUGUUUGCCAGUCUCCAGCGUCUCUCCCUCACCUCGUGUACCAAGGUCCAUUGUUCCACCUGUGGUCAAACGCUCAUGUCCUUUCUCAAGCCACUCAUCUGAACAUGGCC